AUGGUGUACUCCAUUAGUCGUGCUGAAACACGAGUCUUGAUCAAGACUGCGGUGGUGUGCACUCUUACUAUGACCAAUAUUUCUUCCAUCUUUGCACAAGAUGCAAAUUUUGUGACGUCCAACGUCUGUGGUAUUUCUGAUGGCGACAUGAAUGUUGGUAUUCGAGCUGUUGAAGACGCAUCGUGUAUAUCGGGAGGUCUUGGAUGCUACAACUUCCAUUGCCGCUUUUGCAAGAUCCUCGAAACUCCUUUGUCUACAUCCUUUCUGAACUGCUCAGAUGUUGGUGCUGAUUUGCCGACUAUGGCUCCUCGAAUUGCCUCUUCUGGUCCUUGUGAAGUAUCUAGUGGUGACGCAGCAGUCGGCAUCUCGGCAUUUACGGACGAACAGUGUCUAUUCGGUGGUUUAGGAUGCUUUAAUGAUCACUGCCGUUUUUGUAAAGAGGAGGUAACAUCUCAAUCGGAGGCUUUUGUCAGCUGUCCAGUCGUCAGCACUACUGGUUCGGCAUCUAUAAUGUCAGAUGAUUCUUCAAGUGCUUCCGGUACCGCUGACACGGUUGGCUGUACACUCCAGCCUCAAGUUGGCGACGUAGAAGUCGGCAUUAGUAUUGGUACAGAUCCGACUUGUAGUGCCGGCGGUCUGGGUUGCAUCAAUAACGUGUGUCGAUUUUGUCGCAUCAGGACGACAUUUAAAUCCGCGACAUAUCCUGAUUGUUCUUUUAUUGGAAUUAAUGCGCCUCAACCUUCCGAUGCGCCUCAAAAUCCCGCUAAUGCUUCGCGAACGACUGGGUCUUCAAUUGUAAGGGACGACACCCCGACGGCAACGCCUUCCACUCUUGCCACCACAGAUAGCCCCUCCUCUGAUCCCACUGGUGCACUGACUGUCAAAACUACGGCUCCCGUUGCUUCUGCUUCAUCUGAUAUUUCAAUUGAUUCUUCUGCUUCAUCCGACAUUUCAAUUGAUACUCCUACUGCGUCAGCAACGUCGACUGAUGAUUCUAAUUCUACUGACGCAUCGGCUGCUACUUCUGAUUCACCGGCUGUUUCUACACUUGCACCAGUUACUUUGAAUGCCCCUCGUGAUGGCUCAGAUGCACCGAAUGCCACUUCUGAGGCUCCUCCUGACAGCACAGAUGCACCGGCAUCCUCAAACAGUGCUUCAACUGAGGCUCCUCCCGACACAACAGAAGCACCAACAUCCUCAAACGGUGCCUUUAAUCCUACUGCCGCUUCUGGCUCAAAUGACGUUCCUUCUACUUUUACCAGCGCACCACCCGCAAUCACGGAGUCUCCUUCCAACUUCACUGAAACUCCGCCUGCAAGUACCGAGAAUCCUAUUGAUAUUUCUGACACACCAACUGCGUCGUCUGACUCUCCAGCUUCCAAUUCAACCACUCCGGCUCCGGUCACUGAAAUUUGCACAGUUACGGCCUCUGUAGGCGAUGCUGCUGUCGGAAUCAACAUUGUGUCAGAUCCUUCAUGUGUUUCUGGUGGUAUUGGCUGCCUCACAAAUGUUUGUCGGUUCUGCAAAGUGACGACCUCUCCUCAAUCUGCCGCUUUUAUUGAUUGCGCCCAUCUUGAUAUCGACCACUCGACAUCGGAUGCGCCGGAUGCGAACUAUUCAAGCUCUGAUGAUAGAGAUCCUUCCACAGAUGAUGCUGACCCGUCGGAUCAUUUUAGCUCGACUGACGCCUCUCACGCGAUAGCAGACGACUCAAAUACCACCGAUAAACCGAUUGCGACUAGUGCCACUCCAAACAUCACUACUGAUAUAAAAACGGUGACUCCGCCUAGUGAAACAUGCAGUCAAACUGCAUCGGAUGGCGAUGCCGCUGUUGGCAUUAACAUUGUCUCAGAUAGUUCGUGUAGUGCCGGUGGGGUUGGCUGUAUUGACGAUAUUUGUCGAUUUUGCAAAGUUUUCCAGUCUUCAGAGUCUGCUGCCUUUAUUGACUGUGCUUCGACAACCUCGACAAGCUCCGCCGCGGCGGAUGCCAUUGACAAUGACUCUCCAUCUCCAACCGAAGCUCCUGCGGAUGAUGUGACCGAGAGUCCAAUAGACGAUGCUACCUCAGACGUUACUGACGGAAAUUCGAUGGAUGCAUCAGCAGAUUCAGAUCAAGACGAUGUUUCUGAGGCUCCUAUUGAGGUUCCUACAAAUUCGACCACGGCACCGUCCGAUGCUUCUACCGAUUUGUCGACGGAGUCUCCGACGCACGAGACAUGCACUCAGAUCGUUUCUGAAGGCGAUGCUGCUGCCGGUAUUAACAUUGUGACGGACGCAUCUUGCACAUCUGGUGGAACUGGCUGCAUUGAUAGUAUCUGUCGGUUUUGCAAGAUCAGCGAGACUCCUCAGUCUGCUGCAUUUGUUGAUUGCUCUUCAAUCACGAACGUCGAGACAGCAAAGGCAGCAACAUCCGCUGAGACUUAUACGCAGUCGAUUGCAUACAAAGCAGACAUAAAUGACUUGAAAAAGGGACAAAUCGGCGCUAUUGUCGCUGGUUGCAUUGGUGCCAUAGCCGCAAUUGCCAUCAUGGCAGGUGAAGUGAUUGCAGAAAAGUGGAAGAUUGGCGAGAAGAUUGGAGAGGGUACAUUUAGCCAAAUAUACUCGGCGUAUUCGAUUGAGAGUCGAGAUAAAGUUGCGGUCAAAGUUGAAGCGCCAAGCUCACUCAAACCCGUUCUAGAGUGGGAAAGUUUGAUCUUAAAGAGUCUUCAAGACUGUCCAUAUGUGUGUCGAUAUUACUAUCAUGGGAAGCAUGGAGACAGCACAGUGCUUGUGAUGGAAUUAUUGGGAGAUAGUAUGUCAAUGUUGAGAAUGUCACCCGACUCAAUUCACGGAGUACCGCUAGCCAAGGCAGUUUCGGUCGGACUCGAGAUGCUGGAUUGUAUUGAAGCUUUUCACAAGCAUGGCUACGUCCAUCGAGAUAUAAAGGCCUCUAACUUUGCGCUAAACGCUCUUUCAGAUCGAACGGCACAGAAGCAACAACGGUAUUAUAUCAUUGACUUUGGACUAUCACGGCAGCAUCUUGGAGAACAGCGACAGGUGGUUCCAGCGCGUCAAGUAGCCGAAUUUCGAGGCACGUCCAUGUAUGCGUCGCUGAGCUCCCAUCGACGACAAGAAUUGGGUCCCAAAGAUGAUUUGUGGUCGUGGUUCUAUCUCGUGAUGGACUUUUUGCGCGGCGAAUUGCCCUGGGCAGCAGAUGCACAACUAAAGAACCGACAGACUGUAUUACGUCUUAAAGAGCAUUAUACUGAAGCUAGUCCGAGUUUGUUGGUCGAAGGCCUACCAGGAGCGGUUCAGUUGCUGGAAAUGAUGGAGUAUUUGCAGUCGCUUCGGUAUGAAGACAUUCCAGAUUAUAAACGUAUCCGAAAGCAACUACAAGCCGUUGGAAAGAGCUCCUUGGUGAUAGAGAAUAGUGACAGUGGUGACGAAGAAGCGAGUGCCGACACGAUUGAGGUAAAAGCAUUGGCAGAUGUUUCCACUUUGGAUUGGGACGCGCUUUCAUCUGAGCGUGAGCGAGCAAUUCUCUGGGUUGAGAAGGCGGAACAUUACAAGGACAAUGAUAGUGUGUCAGAUAUGUUGCUGAGCAUUGCAAUGCGAUACAAGUCAUUUUUUGACACUGAAAAUUUGUCAUUUGAUGAGCAGAUGCGAGUGCAGAAUGCUAUUUAUCAAAUUGAGAAAAAAUCACGAGCUCGCACUAGUUUUUUUGCUCCUCCGCCCAUUCAGAGCUUUGUGAAACGUCGUCAAUCAGAGCAAAAAUUGCGGUCGGAUGCACUUCGCAAGCGCCGCGAGCGAGACUACCAAGUUCGACAAUCACUGGAGAUCAAACAGGAGCCACAUCAGGCACAAGGUGUGCCAGGUUACAGUCCUAAUGAUGUCAUGGGUGGAGAUGGGAUUACGACUACGAAUAACUCUAAUCAACCGGUGAAAUCGGAGAGCUCGAUGGAAAUGUCGGACACUGAGAAAAUGGGAACGCCCACCGUUCAGCGAAGUAACUCAGUUGUAGACGUCCCACCUAUAGCACAGACGUACCAUCAAUCUCCUCAUGUGAUGACGACAUCUUCGGGGCCCCCAGUUCAGCAAUGGAGUCACAGCUCCCUAACUAGUGGAUCGUUUCCCCCGCCACCAAAAAAAACAAUACCAGCUCAAUUUCAUGGACCUUCUCCGUCACUUCCUCCACACCUUACAAGACGACGAUUGUCGGAUAAAGUAGAUUAUCCUCCGACGCAAAAACACGAGCUGAAUGGUAAGCACCACAGAGUAUCUAGUCACACCCCGCCCUCGCCGCCUCAUAGAAGGGAACCUGAGCAAAGAGUGUCUAUCAAUACUCGGCGCUAUGAUGCGGCCGUGGAUAUGAAAGAUAAAAUCUCCUACAGCAAUCAGAAAUCCCGCCACACCGAGGAUCAUAACUCUGCAGGAAGGCACUUCAAUUCAGAAAGUUGGGAGGAUCGUGAAUACGUCACUCAGAGACCAUCUGUUUCAGAACGACACCAUGAUUCUGUAAAUGAACCAAGGGAAGGUCGUGGAUACAGCACUUAUUCAAGACAUAAGGAUGAACGAUUGGAGACGCGGGAGGGACGUGGGUACAGCACUUACCAACGCGCUCAAAAAUCUCCACAAGAGAUGCCCAUAAUUGGAUCCAAUCGAUAUUAUUCUCCAUCGAUAGAGAACAAAGAAGACCGGGGAUACAGUCGCCAACACUCUUCAGCUCCUCAGGUAUCACGUCGUGAAAGUCACAUCGAGUAUUUAACGAAAGAAAGACAUGGUCAGCAAGAACUCGAGCGCUAUUACGAGACAAAGCGAACGCGCGCACGUUCGCGGUCACGCUCGCAACGUCGCGAAGUGAGUCAUUCCAGGCGUCGCUCGUACUCAUGGACGUCAUCACGGUCUCGUUCUCGGUCUUACUCGUGUUCACCUUCGCGAUCGCCAUCUCCACAUGUUUAUCACCGUAGCCGCGAACACGAUUCUCGCAGCAAGAGGGUAAGAACUAAGCGAGAAUACUCACACCUACAUCGCUCCCGAUCUUGGAGCAGUUCAAGCUCUCGGUCACGGUCAAGUUCUCGCUCUUUUUCAACUUCUCCGCACGCGAAGCACUACCAUCGACGAUCGACAGACCAGAGUCAACUAAAGUCUUCGCAUCGAUACUCUUCGCAUGCGACGGAGUAUUCUGACCAGUCUAAAAGCUAUGUGAACGAAAUUCCAAAGGUUUACACCAAGAGUUACUCAAAGGAAUAUGUAAAGGAUUAUCCGAAAGAGUACGUGAAGGAGUAUCCCAAAGAAGUUGCAGAGGAAUAUGCAAAGGAGCGUUACGUCAAAAAAGGCAUGUACAACUCGACUAGCGGAAAUGUUUACCAUCAUCAUUCGUCUUCGUCGGAGCGACGACCUUUGCAUUCUAGAGAUCCUAAGUUUGCGAGAUCUCCGUCGGAACGUCAUCAUGCAAAUUACAGUCGAGAUGACGAAUCUUGGAGUGUGAAUACUCGACAUAAAGAAGUUUUGAAUCCAGCGAAGCAUCGUCGAUCUACUCGAUGGCAGCCGAGGUCAUGA